AUGCCACAAGGGGAAAACUAUGCUAAUCCAAAGACAUGCUUCUUCCAUGUUCUUUUCAAGGCUGGGGCGUUGGCUUUUUACAUACUUUCUACCCUCUUCUUUGAUAACUUUGUCAUCAUUUUUGUUGUGACUGUUCUUCUUGCUGCUCUUGAUUUCUGGGUAGUUAAGAAUGUGAGUGGACGCAUUUUAGUUGGUUUGAGGUGGUGGAAUGAAAUAAAUGAUCUUGGUGAGAGCGUGUGGAAAUUUGAGUGCCUUGACCAAGAGUCAUUGGCUCGGAUGAACAAAAAAGAUUCAUGGCUCUUCUGGUGGACACUUUACCUCACGGCUGUUGCAUGGAUUGUGCUUGGAAUAUUUUCUCUAAUAAAGUUUCAGGCAGAUUAUCUCCUCGUUGUAGGAGUUUGUUUGACCCUCAGCAUUGCAAAUAUUGUUGGCUUUACCAAAUGCCGCAAAGGUACGGAAGCACCAAUUUGA